AUUUCAGUGCAAAAGUAAGUGUUGAAGGAGAGUUCAAUUUUAGCUAUCUAUCUUUGAGGUGUAGAAAAAAAAUGGUGACUUAUAACAUGAGAGAUUGUCUUGCUACUUUCUUGGCUCUUUUAAUAGCUUCAAAUGCUUUCAUUGGUGAUGUUAAUGCCGCCGGAGAGUGUGGGAAAACUCCAAUUAGAUCCGCAGCGAUUAGCCUGAACCCGUGCUUGCUUGCAGCAGGAAAUGCUAAGGCUAGUGUGCCUCCUGCUUGUUGCUCCAAGGUUGGUGCCUUGAUCAACACUGCCCCAAAAUGUCUUUGUGCCAUUAUAUUGUCACCUUUGGCAAAACAAAGUGGAAUCAAUCCUGGGAUUGCUAUUACAAUUCCAAAGCGUUGCAACAUUAAGAAUAGACCUGCUGGAAAGAAGUGUGGAAGGUACACUGUCCCAUGAGAAUAAACCAAGAGAGUCCAAUCACUAGAGGAGAAGAGAACAAAAGGAAAAAUGAUGACAAAUUGUAGUAGUAGACACAGAACAAUGAGUGUGUAUGUAUGUGUUAAAUAAGAGUUGCCGUUUAGGGUCAUGUGUGCUUCAUGAUUGACCCACCAAGGCACUUGUGGCUUUAUAUACUGUUAUGUUAUGUUAUGUUAUGACAUUAAUUACAUUAAUGCUUAUAAUUAAGUAGGAGUUUAUUCCUGUGCCUUA